GUCCCGAGGCCUUCCGGAGACGCCCCCGGGAGCGCGAGCAUGGCGGGCGAGCGCCGCCCCGUGCCCCGGCUGCCGGGCGUUUCGCGGGAGCGGUUCCUGCAGCACCUCUAUCCACAGAGAAAACCACUUGUGUUAGAAGGAAUUGAUUUGGGGUCAUGCACAAGCAAAUGGACAGUGGAUUACCUAAGCCAAGUUGGAGGGACGAAAGAAGUAAAAAUUCAUGUUUCUACAGUUGCACAGAUGGACUUCAUUAGUAAGAACUUUGUAUAUAGAACUUUACCUUUUGACAAGUUAGUUCAGAGGGCCGCUGAAGAUAAGCAUGAUGAAUUCUUCAUUUCAGAGGAUGAGAAAUACUAUUUACGGUCACUUGGAGAAGAUCCUAGAAAGGAUGUUGCAGAUAUCCGGAAGCAGUUUCCUUCAUUAGAAGGAGAUAUUAAGUUUCCAAAAUUCUUCAGAGAGGAACAGUUCUUUUCCAGCGUUUUUCGAAUUAGUUCACCUGGAUUACAACUUUGGACUCACUAUGAUGUAAUGGAUAACUUCUUAAUACAAGUGACAGGGAAAAAACGUGUUGUAUUAUUCAGUCCUCGAGAUGCCCAGUAUUUAUAUUUAUCAGGUUCUAAAUCUAAAGUAUUGAAUAUAGAUAACCCAGACUUGGCUAAAUACCCACUGUUUUCCAAGGCUAGAAGGUAUGAAUGUUCCCUUGAAGCUGGUGAUGUGUUAUUCAUUCCUGCUUUAUGGUUCCAUAAUGUGAUUUCUGAAGAGUUUGGAGUGGGAGUGAAUGUCUUUUGGAAGCACCUUCCAUCUGAAUGCUAUGAUAAAACAGAUACCUAUGGCAACAAAGACCCUGUUGCAGCAUCAAGAGCCGCACAGAUCUUGGACAGAGCCUUAAAAACACUGGCUGAAUUGCCAGAGGAAUACAGGGACUUCUAUGCGCGGCAAAUGGUCUUACAGAUUCAAGACAAAGCCUACAGCAAGAACUUUGAAUAAAAAAAAAAAAAAUGAAGUGAAUGUGGUGAAAUAAACAUUUCAGUAAGAUUUAGGUGGAAUACUGGAAAAAUAUUAAUAAAUUUUAAAAAUACUUAUUCUUAAAAAAGGAAAGAAAUCUCAGAUUAAGUAUAAAGGGAAGGUGUAUUGCUUCUACUUGAUACAAACUGUUAGAAGUUUAAAUAACAUUGUAGUAGAAUCACUGUAGCUUUGCAGAUGCAAAUAAUAGAAGUACCACUCAAACAAUAAGACUCUAUAUUGAGUCAUGUUCCAUGAAAUCUUCUGUUCAAAUAGGUUUCAUUAUUUCUGAUCCAGUGAUUCAGUAAUGUUACCAAAAACUUUUGUUGUUUACCCUUGCUUGCUUUUCAGCCACAGCACUGGCAUCAGCCUGAGACUGGCUACCCUUGUGGUCAUGGGAUGGUUGCCAGUAGCAGUUGGGGCCUUGUGCAUCUUCAUUUACAUGCACCAGAAGAGUCUGGCUGGAUUUCAGGGGCCCUGUCAAUCUGAAGUUGUCCCAGAAUAAUCUACCAGACCCUGGGAUCUUGGUGCUCUAAUGGGCUUGGAUUCAUAUAUCCUUGCUCCAGUCUUUGGCAAAGGGUAUGAAAUAAUACGUAGGUCAGUUAGGCCUAUCAGAGCUGGGAGAAAGAAUCUUCCUUUGAUAGAGCCAAAGUGUUUAAUUUUUAAAAUCAAAGUCCUGUUAAGAAAGGAAAAAAGGUAGAAAAAAAAAGGUAGAAACUAAGGAUGUUGUCUCCUACAUUUGUUGCUGUAAUCAAACUCUUUGAGACAUUUUUUUUAGGUUAAGAUGCCUAGGUGUCAACUUGUUUGUAGAUUUUUUGAAUCAUUACAUUUGGGGUUUGGGUUAGGUACCUAAUAAACCCUGCAGGAUGUUUUGGUGCAUAACCAGGACUAAGAAUCACAAGAUUGAUUGGUUAUAGUGUUUAGAUGACUUUCUCUGACUUAUCCAUAGCAUGGUUAAUCUGAUCAUGUUUCUUCUUGUCAACCAGGACUAAGAAUCACAAGAUUGAUUGGUUAUAGUGUUUAGAUGACUUUCUCUGACUUAUCCAUAGCAUGGUUAAUCUGAUCAUGUUUCUUCUUGUCAACCAGGACUAAGAAUCACAAGAUUGAUUGGUUAUAGUGUUUAGAUGACUUUCUCUGACUUAUCCAUAGCAUGGUUAAUCUGAUCUGAUCAUGUUUCUUCUUGUCAACCUAUGGUAAAUCUGUUUUUCUUGUUUGUUUUGAAUGUUUGAAGCUCUCUCUGCUAAAUUUUCACCUACCUUUUUCCUUUUAUAAAAAAAAAUACUAUAUGAAAAGCCCUUAAGAGUUCAACCUCCAAUACCAUUAAAGGAAAAAAUGAAAUACUGUUUCAAGAGAGAUCUUAGUAUUGUCUUUGAAGACAACGAACCCCAUUGUAUAUAUUAUUGUUUUGUGUUGCAGUCAGUAAAGACCAAAUAUAUUUACUGAAUACAAAUGUUCCCAUCUAAAGUUAUAUACAUUGACUUGGUACAUCUGAAUUAUGGAAUAAAUAAUUUUCUCUACUGAAGAUAAUCCAUUUACUCAUGUUCUGUAUUUAGAGAUGAAUUAGUUUCAGGCAUAAAAAAUAAUAAAAAAUAAUACACAAACAGGAAAAAGCAUAUAAAACAUUCUACCUUUCCUGAGAAUCUUUUCUUAAGAGGUGCUAAGUUACUGAGAUCAAUAGAGGUGGAAAAAUCUAAUUCUUAUAAGAACUUCAGUGAUCCUUUUACUUCAGGAAGGAAAAAGACAAUACCCUUUUUCUUUGCUUUAUAGUAAGCUUUAAUAAACUUGGUUUUUUUUCCUUAACCAGUAAGAAAAACAGUGCAAAGUAUAAAUCUAAAAGUCAUGUAGAAAACUUGGAAGUAAAACAGAAUUGGUCCACUGAAGAUUUUCAUUUGUCUAGUGGGAAUCAAACUAGGUCGUAAGUAAAUUAAACAACUUAUGAAGCAUGUUUUCCUUAAAACACAAUUCAUAUAUCACAGGGUUGCUACAAAACAGUAGACAUAUAUAGUUAAGGGUAUACACAUAGUUGAUGACUGGUGCUAGUAAUUCUAUUUCAUUAUAUUCCUUUACUAAGAUAUUUGAGGUAGAUUCUCUUGGGAUAUUCUAUUUAGAAAGCUAGACAUGAAUCUUUUGGGAAGUUUUAAAAUUAUUUUCCUGGUCAUAAUUCUUAAUUAUGUUAAAGUCUAUCUUAAGAUCAAAAUGUUUUAAUCUUUUGUUUCUGUGCUAAAGGCAAGUGAAUAUUAUUAACUGCACAUCUCGUGGAUUCAAAAUCUUUUUAAUCACUUUUGUUGCCGAAAGAAAUCUUCCAUAAUAUAGUUAACCCAGAUUGAGAUGAUUGUGAUUGAAAUUGGAUUUACAGUGAUGCCUGUAUUAGUGAUUUACUUUCCCUUCUGAAUAAAUACAGGAGGGAUUUUCUUUCCUAAUAUAUAGACAAAGAUUCAAAAUAAAAUGAAUGAGUACAUGGGAAUACAAAAACAAAAACUAGCCAAGAAUGAGGAAGAAGUAUAUGUACUGGCAUAAAACUUGUCCACUGUAAUUCCAUAAAAAGCUUGAAGCUAUGCACUGUUAUUUGCUUAAAAUCAAAGUAUGCUCUGAAAACUUAUUUACAUACAGUUUUGUAAGGAUACACAAACCACCGAUGGUGUUGCCGAUGAGAAGUGUCUGAAUCACUAGGUAGGAAGACAAAACUGCAGUUAUGAAUUACUUGAAUUUUUGGUCAUAUUAUCCUCUUAAAUACACUUUAAAAAUAGUGUAGUUGUUAGCUUUUCAUUUUUAAUCUGAGUUUUUUUUUCAGUACCAACAUUUACAUUAACAUUUUUAAACAAAUAUGGGAAACAUGACUGACCAAUCGGAACUAUUAAAACAUUUGAAUAUGCAUUAACUUUAGAACGUUUUCACUUAGAAAAUAAAUAUUUUUACUUUUCAGUCUGUGAUGUGAUAGCACUCUUAGGGACCCAGUGAAUUCUUAAUAUCCACUCAACUUAUAAAUUAAAAUUUAAGCUUUCACGUAACUGGAUAGCUAAAGGUCUGUUUUAAAAAUAUUUUACAUUUUAAAGUAUAUUAAGGCCUCACACUGGCAGGCAAUAUGCCACUAGAGCCAUGUUUCAGUUCUUCAUUGUUAGCUUUUCAUGAAUAUUAACAGUGUUUGUCUUGUUACAUGAAUACACUGGAGUUCUAUUCAAUACUUACUUUGAUGAAAUAUCAAAACAAGGGAAAAAAAGUGAACAGCCUUUUGUUUCUGUCAUCCUUUUGAAGCGGCUAUGUGAACAUUUGACAAGAAACUAGUAACUUUCACCUAUAAAAGUUGUCAAAAAACAAUCUAAGGAUCUGACCAGGGUAGAAAAAUACAGGAACUUGGCAGGCAGUGUAGAGUUGGAACUGUACUGUAGUGACUACUUUGGAUAUCUUAAAUAAGUGGACACUAAAGUGAGCAUCCUAAGUGACUGCCUGUCUUUAUUAACUGGUGUGACUGCUGCCAUGUCCCUUGUACCUUUGUAAAAGGGAGCCUGAGUCACCAACCAGGUCUAGUUAUAUUUUAUCCCUAAUGAAGUAUAAAAAGUAGAAAUAAAAAAAUUAUAUGAAGUGUUUCUUGUUUAAAAGGCUCUUAAAUGAAACAGAAUAGCUCUUCUUGACAUGUUUUUAUAGGAAAGGUUUUCAAAGUUGUUCAUUUGAAAGACAUGGAAGUUAAUGAAAACAAACUUAGAAAGCAAGGAUGAGAGGAAGAGUCUCCUUUCAAGUAAUAGUCUGAAUGAACAAUGCUAAGAUAAAAGACAUUCAAACACACUUCUGUAGACUAUUUUAAUUAUACAUUCAUGCUGUGGUGGUAACAAUUUUCACAUUAUUUGUAGGACUAAUUUUCUCAAUUUAAAAGGCACAGUCAAGAGGACACAAUAACAUUUACGUUAACAAACAAAUGUGGAAAUAGGACCAAUCUAAACUAUUUAAACAGAAAACAUUUGAAUAUGGAUGGACUCAGAACAUACGUUCGUUAUGAAAAAUACUUUUACUUUCCAGUAACUGUCUUACUGUGAUGACAUUUAGGGGCCCAGUUAAUUAGUAUCUAUUCAAUUUGUAACAAGUGAAAAACGCAUUCAUAUGACUGGAUAGCUGAACAUCAGAUUUUUACAAAUAUUUCAGAUUUUUCAAGUGAAUUCUAUUACAAGUCCUACCUUAAUAUUUCAAUUAGUCCUGUGAAAAUCACAACCUUUUCUUCCUCUGUCCUUUGACCAUUCAGUAUCUCAGCUAUUUUAUAUUAGAUACAUGGGAAUUUAAUGAACUAGUAUUAAACAAUUUGUUUAACAAAAGCCACCUGAUCAUAGUGCUAAAUAUCAAAGUGACUGGUUUUUGCAAUAGGAAUUUUUGGUGUCAAAAGAGCAGGUAUAUGAAUAAAAUGGAGUGAUAGACAAUUGCUUUGCCUUUAAAAGUUUAGAUACUCUUGUAGCAUCUGGUCUGAAAGGAUCCUUUAUCAUAACUAUGAAUAUUUGGAAUGUGUUUAUAGUCAUCAAAAUAUAAUUCUGGGAAGAAACCAAGAAAUUUGCAUUUUCUAUAUUGUUUUACCAAAUUUAGUUCCUCUUGGUCUUAAGACAUUAAUCUUAUUUUUUCAGUCCUAAAGCAGCACAUUACUUCCCUGCUUAUUUCAUGACCUUCAAGAUUAUUAUUAAGCAAAAAAGUAACUGAUCACUUUUUAUAAUCCUAUAGUUAUGUUUCAAGGUUGGUUGGAAUCCAUUAGAUCUUGGUUUUUCAAAAUGUACUUAUCUAGGUCAAGAAAAAAACGGGCAGAAGGAAACUUCACCCAAAUUAUGUAGCAGCGUUAAACAAAUUCAGUUUUUGAGCCAACAUGAAAUCAUUUGUCUCUCCAAACUUUGCUUUUGUAACUUUUCUUAUAGUAAUGUCACUUUGCAUUUUGGCCAAAGAGAGCUAUUUUCUUUUGGCAGACAAAGAUCAUGCUUCUAAAGAAACUGUUUUAAGUCUGUGGAAUUGUCUCCUUUUCAGUAGAGCACUAACAAAUCAGUAUGUAUUUAUUUUACCUAUGUUGGCCUCUUA